CGAUGGGUGGCAGUAGCGAUCCAUGAUCCAGUUUACGUUGUCAGUAUAAACCCAAGAGCAAGAGUGCUUGCAGCGUGUUUUAGCUAGCAGAUACGGAGUGAAAAUACAGUAUAGCGAUCAUUUUCUCAAUUUGACUUGUCCAAAAUGGCUUCUACCAGUGACUGUUGCGGCGAACGUGUUGAUAAAUUGAAACAGCAGGUGUUCGUGAUGCGAAAAGAAAUCAAGAAUCUCCGGCAGAUGCUGAACAAUGCAACCAGAGCUCAUCGCAAACAUAUGCUUUCAAUUGAGUCCGCUGUGUCCAAGGUUGGUGCCUGGGAGCAGAAGAAAAGCCAACCUCCACCGACGUCACCCCAGACAGCUCUUGAGCAUGGAAAAAUCCAAACGUUGCCGAUUGGAUACAUUCAUUCCUGUUUCACUGAGAAGAACGGGACUCCCAGACAGCCCACCAUCUGUGGAUCCUCGAGGGCGGAACUGCAACUGGAGCAGAGCGUCUUCAAUAACCCUGAGCAUGCCCUCGUAGGGCUAGAACAGUUUUCUCAUAUCUGGGUUAUCUUUCUCUUCCACAAAAACGGCCACUUGAGUCACAAAGCCAAAGUGAAGCCCCCGAGGCUGAACGGCAAGAGGGUCGGUCUGUACUCGACUCGCAGUCCGCACCGGCCCAACGCUUUGGGCCUGACUCUUGCAAAGCUGGACAAAAUUGUUGGUGAUACGCUACAUCUGUCAGACAUUGACAUGAUUGCCGGCACCCCUGUGCUGGAUAUUAAACCCUACAUUCCGGACUAUGACUCCCCCUGCAGUCGGAGGACCACACACUCGGAGCCUUGUCAGCCCAACACAGAUCGCGCCCCUUUGUCACCUCGAGAACUGAUUCAAGCGCAGUUGAUAGAAAAAGGAGCAGGUCAAUUUGAUGAUAGUCCAAAUCCCGUGGAGCCUCUCGGCAUGUUGGAGGAAGUGAAGGCCUACUUAAGUAAACGGGACCUCAGUCAGGUAAAUUACGACUGUGCGCCUGGCUCUGAAGACCAUCGGGGGUCUGAGCAGGAUCGAAGGCCAUGUUACACAGAGGAGGCCUACAGCACCAUUGCUGGCUGGAUCAGAGAGCCGCCAGUCGACAGCCUGGAGGUGCGCUUUACCCCAACCGCACAGAGGCAGUUGGCCGACUUCUUUCCCACCACGCAGACAGGUCCCUCUGAUAGCGAACGUCCGAGGUUCAGGUUUCUGCGUAGUUCCGACGAGGCCGCCGCCGCCAUCCGAGGGGUGCUCUCCGCAGACCCGAGGUCGGUCUACCGGAGAACUCGAUGCAAAGACAAGCUUUUCUUCUUCACCCUGGACACUGCAGACAUAACCUGCUGGUUUGGACCAGGCUUUGCAGAAGUGCUGCAAAUUCAACCUGUUCAAUGCCCCGUUGACUCAAAGUAGAAUGAGCUCCCUUAUGGCUGCUAUUUUGUUUUGAUCUUGCAUUCUUAACAAAUAAUGUGAAAAAAAAAAAGUUUUUGCUUCUACAAAGGAA